AUGGCUUCGACUGGAAAUAAAAACGAAAUAUUGGAAAAUGAACUAUCAUAUAAUAUCCGGAAUGAGAAUGAAUUUUAUGUAAAUAUUUGUCGACAGUUGAAGAAACUGAUUGACAUUUGGCGACAAGACAAUGCGAAGUUAUUAAGCACUUGUGAAAAAAUAUUGGAUAUAUUUACGAGGUUUACAGAAUUUGAUAAUAAAAAUAUUAUCCUUAACAAUGAAUUAAUUCCAAUCAUUAAACUUCUAGAAAUACAUACUGAUAACAACACGAAUUUUCUAACAAAGUUGCUUAGGACAGUUAGUUUAUUUAUUGAAAGCAAUUUAGAUACUUUGAAAAACUUUUGCCUUCAAGGUGGAAUUCCUAUUGUCAUAAAGUUUACGUCAAAAUCUUAUAACUAUGAAACCCGAGUUGAAUCAGCGAUGAUUAUUCAGAAAAUUUGGGACAGUUCGUCCCAUCUUUCCUUCGAAACGUUUAUUGACUGUGGAGAGUUAGGAUAUUUAAUAGAACCACUACAAGAAGAUUACAAUGCGCACAAAGAGUUGAUUUUAAUCAUGAUAAAAGGGAUAUCAAACGUUUUAGAGGUUCAAAAUUUAUCCGUGAAAGAAAAAUUAUGUAGGAUGUUAGUUAAUAUUGAAACCUUAGACUUAUUAGCCAUCACACUUCAUAACAUCAUUUCGGAUAAAAAUCUUGAAAUUGAUAUUCAUGCAGAAAGAAUAAUACAUGUGCUUUGGUUUCUUUCAGAAGGACAAUUUAUAGAAACCAUUAUGGAUCAUGCAAAUUUGGUCACAGGGAUAAUUAAAGUUAUUAAUAACAUUUUAAACAAUUUGGAUACCUCACAUAAAGAAAAGAUGAUUAAAUUUCUUAUUGUAAUGCUGGAUAAACAAAAGCAAAGAGAUAAUAACAUUUCAUAUAAAAUUCUUGGUACAAUAUUUAAAAUUUGUCAAUAUAAUAAGUUUUUCCAAGAAACUGCUGCCAAGGCAGGGAUCAUUACUCACUUAUUAUACUUUACAAAAAAUCAAAAUUUCAACAAAAUUGCACUUAUAUUACUUUUUAAAAUGACCAAUGCAGGACAAGUUUGUGAGGAUUUAUUGUGGAAAAAUAAUCGUGAAAUUCUAGAGCUAUAUUUUUCUCUUCUAGAUAAACAAGAAUAUCAAGCAAGUGCUCUUGAAGUUAUUUCGAAAUGGUUGCAAGAAAAAACUUCUGAAGUCGAACAAAUUAUUACUUUACCUGAAAACAUUAACCUUAUUUUAAAGGCAAUGAAUACAGCUAAAGAAAGUUCAAUAGAAAAUAUUCUAAAAUCUCUUUACAUUAUUAUUCAGUCAUCUUUAUAUGUCUCUUGCUCACUUGCACAAAAAAAUUUCUUUAAUGGUUUUUUGUUUUGGUUUGAGCAAUAUCAAGAUUCUGCUAUAAGAUUAAAAUUGUUAAAAAUACUGAGAUCUUUAUGUGAAGUUAAUCCACAACGCGAAUUUAUAAUUAAUAAAUAUAAAUUAGUCGAAGCUAUUGAAAAAAUAAGUGGCAUUGAUCCUUCAUCGCAAGUAAAAGAACUUGCUAAAGAAAUAUUAUCCCAAAAAUACUUUAUCAAAGAAAAUUUUAAUCAAUAUUUGAUUGGAAAAUCUUGCUUAACUAAGGGAAUAAUUAUUGAUGCACGAAAAGUUUGGCAUACAGAAUUUUACAUAUUUAACUUAACAAUUGACCCAACAAUCAAUAUUUUAGAAAAUACGCAAUGUGAUAUAAAAAUAUUUUUGUGCACAAAAAGAAAGAAAUCAUUUCUAUUAGAUAAUGAUAUUGACAUAUCAUCUUUUCAAUCAGUGCAACCUGAGUGGUUUACGGUAGUUGAAAAUGGAAUUAAUAAGUCCACAAUGAACCCUCUGAUCGACGAUUCUGCUAUAAAUGAUGUUUAUUUGGAGAUACAAUACCCACAAGCUGAAAUAUUUUUCGAAAAGGAAAAUAUACAACCUUCCGAAGAGCUGAAGAAAGCAGUAGACGCUGCAUUAAAAGACCAGGAUCCACAUCAUGAGUUGAUGAAAUUUUUUGCUAAAUAUGGGCAUUUUUUUGCUCAAAAAAUCACAGUAGGGCAAAGGCUAUAUAGGAUAUCCCAAUUAACAUUAAAUAAAAUGACUGAUCUGCAAAAAUUCCAUGAGGUCUUUGAUGGCGUUUAUGAUAUAACAGGGAAUAAUGUGCAACAAUUGACUUUGUGGGAAGAACAAAUUAAACAAAAUGGCCUUGAUUCAACUUAUUUCAUAUCAAGCGAUGGAGACUUAAUUCAGAAGGAUGAUCUUGAAAAAUGGAAAACUUGGUGUAUCGAAUAUCCUCACGAAUCACUGAAAAUUAUCAAAAAGAGCAAUUUGACACCUUUACAUGAAAUUUUUGAUCCAACUAUUCAAAACAGCAUCAGAUCAGUACUUGGAAUAGGUGACAUGACUACAUUAAAAAUCAGCGAAAGAGUGCUCAUGACUGGAGUUUUUCAAAUUCAAGAGCCAAGAAAAUAUUAUCGUAUAAAUUUUGGUAGACAUUUAAAAAGUCAUAAUUAUCAAGUUUUUGGAAAUGUUGUAAACAAAAAACAACAACAUAUUGAAGGUUUUGUUGUAAAUUUCAAUUCUGAGAAUAAAUCUGGAUUUUCUAUAAGGAUUAAAAGCCCUAAAGAUAUUAGAAAUGUCAACUGGUCAGAAUUACAAGUUAUUUGGAUAUUAGUUGGAAAACCAGCAGAGAUAGGUUUCUAUAGCUUAAACACUCGAAAUAUUCUAAUUCUGCACGAAGGUCGAACCCAAUUCACACAGUCGGACAAAAGCAUUUCUUUGGGUUUAAAAAGUUUACCGUCAAGUUCAAUCCUAGUUACAUCAUUUAGCUAUCCUUCAUACACUUUAUCCAAUGUUGAACCAUUAUUUAUAGUCGAAAUACGAAAUUAUAGCAACGACGAACUUAACUUAAAUAUUAUAAAUUAUAAUCCUCUUGAUUUUGAUGAGGAUGAAGAAUCCGAUAGGGAUAGCAAAAAUAAUGUGAUUGAUGAUGAUAUUAAUAAUACAAGAACCAAUGACCGUGAUAGUAUGAAUGAUGAUAGCUCAGACACUUAUUUUUUACAAUGGUAUGUUAUUUCAGAAUCACGCGAAUUUAUAAAAGCUGAUAUUGUUACUGAAUCAUAUGAAGUUAAAUUUAUAAAUCUAAGUUCAAUUGGACAAAAAAUGAAUAAUAUUUAG